CAUGUUUCAUGCCAUAUAUAUGUACUAUUAAGAAGUUUUGUUUAGCCACCAUAUUCUCAUUUUGCUUUUCAUUCCUACCCAAAAACAUCAUGUUUGCCCACCAUGUCAACCAAUCUACAAACAAUAUGGGAGACUGCUUGGAUGCCCGAGAAACAUUUCAUUUCAUUCCUAUAACCUUGGCCCCAUAAUUUUUAUGGUUCUUGAUGUGCAGUAAUGUUGUGAUCAUGCAUAGCAAUGGUGCCAGGGUCCAGGUUGCUGCAUGCUUGCAAUGCUUGGAUGUUCAUUAUUGUAGUUGUGUAAGUUUCAAGGUAAUAGUUAAGGUGACCUGUUUUGUGAUUAAUUAUGAUACGUUCUGCCUUAAAAACAACAAUUGAUGUACAAUGCCCUUUUUAAGAUGAGGUAGCAAUGUGUACCCUGACCGAGAAGACAUCUAUAUUCAGGAGGCCCCUUUCAUGUUUUCAUGUAUUGGAUGACUGUGGUUGAGGAUCAGGAUGUCCUGUUUGGGAAAGGAGAAAGACCCCUUGGUUGGAUAAUUAGGACCUGUUUGUGAAUCACACACACUCUGUUCUGGACUAGGAUGCCAGUCUGCAUGUCAGGAGGCUAAUUCUUGGAACAGGAGGCCCUGUUUUAGUGUACUGAUGGACACUGUAGCUGACACUGCACACUGGCUGAUGGUAGACAACCCCAUCUCCAAGACGGUGUGGUCUGCAGUCUCCCAGGCAGCUGGAUAUACAUCUCAUUGCAUCAGACAGAACCGCGGCGGCUCCACCGUACCGGAGAUGCGUUACCAGGCGCCACCGGUCCGGUGGCUGCUCUCCCCCGCCGGCCAGACGGCGGUGCGCCUGGCCGGCCUGUCGGGCGCCUCGGCCGUCGCGCUGGGUGCUUACGGCGCUCACAAGCUGCGUGCCGGCGACCCGAACCCGGAGCUGGUGCAGGUGUUCGAGACGGCCAACCGCUACCACAUGCUGCACUCGCUGGCGCUGCUGGGCGCGCCGCUGUGUCGGCGGCCCGGUCUGGUCGCCGCCCUGCUGGCCUCAGGCACCCUGGUGUUCAGCGGAAGCUGCUACUAUUACGCGCUCACCGGCGACAAGUCGGUGCGGCGGGUCACGCCGUACGGAGGCAUGCUGCUCAUCGCCGGCUGGCUGGCUAUGGCACUCUGAGCGGCCGCCGCUCUCGGGCGCGGCCGGAGCGUGCUCCGGGCCGCUCUCGGGCGCUACCGGAGCGCGCUCCGGACCGCUCCGGCGGCGCUCCGAGCGUGGUCAUCGGACCAGACGGGAGCUCCCGGGAGACCGACGCUGUGUGCUGGCAGUCGGAUGGGGAGUGGGCGCGGCGGCCAGGUGAGAGUGUGGUGGGGGUAGUGAUGCUUGCACGACGCUGGUGGGCGGGCCGCGGCUCUGUGUCUGUUUCGGCCACAGCCGGGGGUCGGCCGGCUGUGGUCGCAGUCCAGGAAACCCUCUGAUCAAGUACGUCAAUCGAGUGGGCUUGCCUGAUGCUACCUAUCGGUGUACUGGGGCAUCGUGCUGCUGCGUUGCGACGGCGGCUCGUACUAUCGUUUUCCUGAACCUUCGCUUGCCGUGGAAAGUACGCCUGUGAUUAUAAGAGCGUGGGUCGCUGCGUUCGGGUGUCCACUCCGUUCGUGAUGGGGAUCAAGUGUAGCGUUGACUGCUGCGCCAGCCUCGUGCGGUUCGACGGCCCGACAUAUAGACACGUGACGGGCGCCGAGGCUGUGUGCUGACUGUUUAUCGCAGCGCGACCUCGGGGUGCUUGAAGGUGACGAUUUUGGCGAUGAAUUGUCAUGUUUGCCAGCUUGGCAUUUUUGUACGAAUGUCUUCAAGCGACCUGCCCGUGCCAAGCGCCCACGCACGAGAGGUGGAAAUACACGCUGAUAUUCGG